AUUGCAACGCUUUUCAGACUCGUCCCGUCGUUUUGAACCAUGGCUUUGGACGGAUGUGGCCUCGUGUGCCAGUAUGUCAUCUUCUUCUUCAACGCGAUUUUUGCGGUGCUGGGCUUUGCCCUGUUGGGCCUGGGCCUGUGGCUGCGGUUCAGCGAGAGCACCAAACUGCUCUUUGCUAUCAACGGCUCGGGCACAUUUGCGGCUGGUGUGAUUUUACUGAUCGUGCUUGGCACAGUGAUGCUGCUGGUGGUUAUGGUCGGAGAGUACGGGGCCUGCAGUAAGAAGAAACGUGCUCUCCAGUUGUUCUCCGUUCUCUUGUUCAUCCUGGCGGUUGCAGAGAUCACUGUUGGCGUGCUGGCUUACACCAACAGGGAACAGGUUGGGGUCAAGGUUGUGGAGUUCUACAAUAGCAUCUAUACUCUGUUUAAUGUCACCAACGACCUUGGCCUUGGUGUCACAUUGUUGUUCAUUCAUGAGCUGUUUCAUUGCUGCGGCGUGACAGGCAUCGCGGUGUUGGAGACUGUUAAAGAGACAUGCCCUGCGCCAAAAGGGUUCUUGGAAAACAUCGCCAUGCCUACAUGCCCUGGCGUCCUCUCCGAUUUCUUCGUCUAUAACGCACCAACGGUGAUGGGCGUCUUCAUUGGAAUCGGAGCUCUUUUGAUCAUUGCACUGGUGUGCACCAUUAUCCUCUUGAAACAGAUCAAGAAAGACCACACGGCCGCCUCUGCCCGCUACCGCGCUGCUUACUAGGUGGAGAGUUCCCAUUUCAUUCCCAACCAGCAUAAAAACGUCACGGCCAUCUUGACAGAUUCAGUCCUUUGAUAUGCAAGUGCUUACUCUGAAUCGUCACUUAUCAUGUCAAGAAUUUGUUGAAGUACAAAGUGUUGGAUUUUUGUGAAGGUCAAAUUUGACAUAUAGAACAACAAAACCUUGCCAGCAACAUACCCGUAACAUUUUUUUUUCUUCGUCUGGGGUCGCUCUUCCCGUUGAAGACUUGCUGCUGCCUUUCAUGAAUGUUCUUUUUGUCUUUGAAACUUUGUUUUGGACUCUACUGUUAUAAAUAAACUGCUACUUCAUACUAA